UGUGUAAAGACCAAGACAUGAGGCGUCGAACAAGACGGCGCGCCCAUUGAAAUUUCAAAUGUUAUUUUUUUUACCAUUAGCUUCACUCGUCUAAUUCUUGUGCUUUAUUUUUUUUCCUCGCGUUUUAAAAUGUCCAACACUUUCGAGGAGAAAAUGUCGUCUCCCAAGCGUUUCGGCCAGUGUGCAUAUACAGCCGAGGAGCAGCAGGCUGUGCACAAUGCACUGCGACAGAAGUUGGGGCCAGAAUUCAUCAGCACCAGACUGGCUGGAGGAGGACAGAAGGUGUGCUACAUCGAGGGUCACCGUGUGAUCAGCCUGGCCAAUGAGAUGUUUGGAUAUAAUGGGUGGUCUCACUCCAUCUCUCAGCAGAAUGUUGACUUUGUCGACCUGGUUAACGGGAGGUUUUACGUCGGUGUCAGCGCGUUCGUCAAAGUGCAGCUGAAGGACGGCGCGUUCCACGAGGAUGUGGGCUACGGAGUGAGCGAGGGGCUGAAGUCUAAAGCUUUGUCCCUGGAGAAGGCAAGAAAGGAGGCUGUCACCGAUGGCAUGAAGAGAGCACUCAAGUGUUUCGGGAAUGUGCUUGGUAACUGCAUCCUCGACAAAGCGUACCUUCAAGCAAUUAACAAGAUCCCCAAGCAGCCGCUGCCCGCUCUGGACCCUGCCCAGACCAAACGGUCGGAAAGUGAGCCCACAGUGGAGAAGGCUCGUUUCUGUAGCCUGGUACGAGAGGCUAAACUGGGGUCUGCCAUCACACCGUUGGAGCGGCGAGACGGCAACCUGAGAGAGAGCUACUACGAGACUCACACCCCUGACGCUCAAGACGUUCAAAGCGAGGGAGAAGGCGCAAGGCAGGCCUUGGUGGACACGGCGUCAUCGUCAGACCCCAAGGAGGUGCGGAAGCAGCGGCAGCAGCAGCUGCAGCUGAAGUUUCGCAAGGAGAUGGAGGCCAAGAGGCUGGAGCAGAAGGAGGCGGUGGACACGAAGGCCGAGGACGUGGAGCUCCUCUUUGGAGAAGGAGAUGAUCCCGAACUCUGGAAUUUCACCCUGAAUGGAACGGAGGAGUCAGACGGGCCCUGCGGGGCUUUCGGCCCGAGCACGCCCAACAGUCACAAGAUGCAGACACGCAGCAAGACCCCACAAAGGACCACCGUGAAAGAACACGAGCAGCGGCAGGAGCAGCAGCAGCACUCGCACAGUACAGGACACUUGGGGAUUAAUCAGGACGGACGUCCGCAUCAAGCCAGAGCAGAAACCUCCAGUCCAUACCGGGCAGGGCAGUUCAUGAAGAAACGUCGACUGGAUACAUGACAUUGACCUCCUUUCGUAUCAAUUAGUUUUAGCAGUUUAUAUUUGAAUUGAUGAAGCCGUUUCAACACAUCGAUGCUGCAUGUUAAAAGGUUGCAAGUUUUUGAUUAAUAAAAUAACCCUCAUACUGUU